CUCUCUCGCUCUUGCUCUAACCCUGCCUUGGUCCAGCAUUAAACCCAUCUCUCUCUCUCUCUCUCUCUCUCUCUCUCUCUCUCUCAAUGAAGCAUUCUCGCUUCAGUUCGCUGUUCAAUUUGUAUUCUCGUUUCGGUUUCCGAAACGUACCGGGCGUUUCGCUGUACUCGACGGCUACAGAUCCCACAUAUCAUCAUAGAAAGUGCUGGAAUGGUGCCCUGAACAACCUCUACGGUCGGAUUUCUCGAGUCGGAGAUCGCAAUGCAUGCAUUUUGCCGAUUCUCGACGAAUGGAUUGAAGAAGGCGGAAACGCAGAGAAAGAUGACCUCGUCACCAUAAUCAAGGAGCUCAGGCAAUUCAAGUACUAUAAGCACGCUCUUGAGUUAUCUAUGUGGAUGACUGACAAAAGGUACUUCAGCCUUAUGAAGGCUGAUGUUGCCAUCCGGCUGGACUUGAUUUCAAAAGUUCAUGGAAUUGAACAAGCUGAGAAUUAUUUUGAAAACAUUCCAAAACAAUUGAAAGCUCUCGAGGUUUACUGUACUCUCCUCAACUGCUAUGCCCAUGUAAAACUUGUGGAAAAAGCCGAGGCCACCAUGCAGAAGAUGAGGGAUCUGGGGUUCGCCAGGACACCUUUGGUCUAUAACGCUUUGCUCAAUUUGUAUUAUAAGACUGGAAACACUGAUAAAUUUGACGUUCUGCUGAAUGUAAUGGAAGAGAGUGGCAUCAGUUGUGACAGAUGCACGUAUGGGAUCCGUCUCAGUGCAUAUGCUUCUGCUUCUGAUCAUGAGGGAAUUGACAAGGUUGUGGCAGAAUGGGAAUCCAAUCCUGGGUUCCAGGUGGAUUGGAUUAAUUAUUCCGUUGCGGCAAAUGGUUAUGUGAAAGUAGGAAACGUGGAAAGGGCUUUGGAAAUGCUAGAGAAGUCUGAAAAACUGAUAUCAAGCUCUGAAAGACCGAGGGCAGUAUAUGAGCACCUUAUGACUCAAUAUGCGGUACUAGGGAAGAAAGAUGAUGUUGUGAGACUGUGGAAACUUUACAGCAAGCACAUGAAAAUAUACAAUAAGGGUUAUAUAGCCAUAAUAACCUCACUCUUGAAGUUUGGUGAUGUUGAAAGUGCUGAGAAGAUCUACGAAGAAUGGGAAUCCAGGGAAUUAACUUUUGAUAUUCGUAUACCGAAUCACUUAAUUGGUGCUUAUGCCAGAAGGGGCCUUUUUGACAAGGCUGAAGCCUUUCUUAACAGGAUAAUACUUAAGGGUGGGAAACUGGAUACACGGUCAUGGUUUACUUUGGCAAGAUUGUAUCUUGAUCGUAAUCAAAUUGAGAAGGCAGUUGAGUUGAUGAGGAGAGCACUUUUGACUGAGGGGCCUCAGUGGAUGCAUGACAAGCGUGUUUUGGCUGUCUGUUUGCGACACAUGAAAAAGAGACCAGAUCUGGAGGGAGCGGAGGAGUUUAUAAGACAGCUCGGGGAUAAUUGUGUUAUCCCCGUAAGUGUUCAGGAGAGAUUGUUGGAUUAUAUUAAUAAAGAUGAUUCAGUCUCUAGAACCAGGUGAAGUGGAAUGGGAUGAUCUGAAUGGAGAUAAAGAAACGAGUGGACCUUUAGAAGCCGAGGGGACUAGUAGUAGUUAGGAUUAGAGACUCCUGAAAAUUUAGGUAGAGGCAAGUCAACAGCAGGGACUUGUAAAGAUGUGCGUGAGGAUGAAGCUGACGUGUAUUCAAGAUAUCAUUUUUCUGUCAAUGAAGAUGUUGCUUUUGUUUCUCUAAUCUGAUCAUGAAGUUUGCUGCAUAUAUAGAGGACUUGAAUGAAUUUUAUUUUGUAUUUUUCCUAUUCAUGAAGAUUGAGAAAUUCCCUGAACAA